AAAAACAUAACAAAAAUAAAACCUUCUAGGAAAUUAAACAAGCCCAAACGAAUCUCAGCCCUUCAUCUUUCAAUCCAGCGGCUCACCUCGGACGGCGUAGUGGUUUUCAUCAUAAACCCUAGCCCGCCACCCUCUCCACAAUCCCACUUCCUUCUCCCUCUCACAACCUGAAACCCACAACCCAAUCGAUCUCUCUUACCCCUUAAUCCACAGAUCUUAACUUCUUUUAGUUCGUUUCCGUCUCUUCUUGUUGUUGUUCUUCUUUUUGUUUUCUAUAUUUAUUCGAUUUUUUACGUCCGAAUCCUUUUCUGCUGUAGUCGUCGGGUUGUUGUGUUACGAUGUUAUGUGAGCAAUUAUUUUUAUUUAUUAUUUAGUUUUUGUGGUUUGUGUCGGGAAACAACUGGGUGAAACUUCUAGAUCGGUGUGCUGUCGAGUUCUGUGAUGGGUUUUGUUUAGAUAUACUGGAGAAGCCGACCUAAGAAGAGAUAUUCGAGGCUGGGAAUGAUUUUGGACUGAGUCCGCUCGGAGCGAGUGUUGCCUUCUAACUCAGUGAAUCGAGAAAGAUCAAGCCGGGUGUUUUCAGAACCGUAAGGCAAUGCCGUCGGUGGGUAUGCGACGACCCAGGGUGUUCGGAGUUGUGAAGGGAGCCGAUGGGGCCCGCGUUCUACGUUCGGGUCGUCGGAUAUUGUGCGAUUUGGGUGACUGGUAUCAACAACCGUUGGUCAAGAAGAACAACGGGAAUGGGCCUGGUGGACUCAAGUGCAAAGCCACUGGGUGGACCCAUUUGGAAAACAUGAAGAUAAAUCAUCAAGAGACUGAUGUUACAGACUUUAUUGAGAAUGAGAAGGAAACGAAAGCGUUCAAGAAAGAUAAGGACGAAGAAGAAGAGGACGUAAAAGGUAUGGACAAGAUGUUUGGGAUGGUGUAUAGGAGGAAAAGAAAGAGACUUACUGGUGAAAGUAGUGAGCUUUCGGGUGACAGAAUGUAUGGGAUUCGGUUUUGUCGUAGACAGAGGAGGAGGAAGAGUGAGGAGAGUGGUGCUGAUGUUAAAAGAUUAACGGGUUUUGUGCGAGAAGAUGAAGUUGCAUGCUUUCGUGUGUUCGGUAUUGGUUUGGAGAGUUCUUCUGUUGAUAAGAGUAGUUGGUUUGCUUGUUUUCUGGGUUUGGUUUUGAGCUACAUGGAGAAGGCACGACUUGAAAUGCGUGGGCUUGCUUCAUUUUUGCUAUCACAGCCGAUCAAUGAAGUGUUCUCUUUGCAUGGAAUUCGCUUUUUGUGGGAUCCCCCCCUUGGUGUUGCUGGUAUGCUCACGCUUUUUAGGGACAUGCAAGACAUGCCGUCGUUUUCUGUUGAUUUUUCUGCAAUACCCUCUUGUUUUAUGUACAUACAUUACAGUAUGCUUAUUAGAUUAAAGCGCCUGCCACCUGUACUUGUAAAUAAUUUUGUGUCUUUGGACUUUAAUAAUGAUAUAAUAUCAAGCAUCAAAAGCUACCAAUCUUAUGAGUCUUCUGAUGACGAUGUAGAAUAUGUAUGCGAAACCAAAACCAUGGUGCCUGUAGUUGAUAGUACAGUGAACAGGGUGGCAUUACAUCCUUCUGUCAAAGCUUCUAAAUUAACUGGGCGAAGCAUGCAGUUUAGAAAUGCUCUGAAUUCUCGCACAAUUCAGAAAAGGAGGAGUUCAUUGAGGGGGAGAGCUAGGAAUCCUUCUCUGGGUGGUGCACACAGAGGUAGUGGAACCUUAGUUUCUGAUUUAGUUAGUAGUAGGAAAAAUGGGAUCCCUUUCUCUUCUGUAGUGUCCAAAAAUAAGCUUAGGAGUACAUUUUGGAGUAGGCCUGCAUCGAGAUUAAAAGAGGUCAGUUCCAACAAGGUCCAAACACGGCGAGACUUGGUUUCAUCUUGUUGCUCUACUAGUUUAUUGGUUAUAGAAGCAGACAGAUGUUACAGGGUUGAAGGAGCCAUUGUCAUGUUAGAGAUGUCUUCUUCAAGAGAGUGGCUUAUUGUAGUAAAGAAAGAUGGAUUAACAAGAUAUUCCCACAGAGCACAAAAAAUGAUGAGGCCUUGUUCAUCUAACCGUGUCACUCAUGAUAUUAUAUGGACUGGGGAUGAUAAUUGGAAGCUUGAGUUUCCCAACAGACAAGACUGGCUAAUUUUCAAGGAUCUUUAUAGGGAAUGUUCUGAUUGCAAUGUUCAUGUUUCUGUUACCAAAGUUAUCCCGGUGCCUGGGGUUUGGGUGGUGUCAGGUUAUGAGGAUAGUAUUACUGUUCCAUUUUCCAGACCAGAUUCAUAUAUCUCUACCAACAAUGAUGAGGUAUCUAGAGCGUUGGAAAAGAAGACUGCGAACUAUGACAUGGAUUCUGAAGAUGAAGAGUGGCUAAAGGUGUUCAAUGAUGAGUUAUCCACCGAAAAUGAUAUUAAUAACCGUGUUUCAGAGGAUACUUUUGAGUUAAUGGUGGAUGCCUUUGAGAAGGCUUACUUUUGUUGCCCUGAUGAUUACUCUAAUGAGGAUGCAGCAGUUAAUCUUUGCUUGGAUCUGGGUAGGAGGGAAGUUGUGCAAGCUGUGUAUAGUUACUGGGUGAAGAAACGGAAGCAGAAGCGCUCAGGACUACUUAGGGUUUUCCAGGGUCAACAAGCAAAAAAAUAUGUUUCGACUCCAAAGCCUGCACUACAAAAGAGAAGAUCCUUCAAACGGCAGGCUAGCCAAUUGGGAAGAGGCAAACAACAUGUUCUCAUACGAGCGGUCACAGAUCAGCAAUAUGCCAUGGAAGAACAGAAUGCUAAGCUUAGAGUUGAAGAGGCUAAAGCCUUGGCAGAAAGAUGUGUUGAAUCAGCCAUCGGCAAACGUCAGAGGGCACAGUUGCUCAUUGAAAUUGCUGAUUUGGCAACUUACAAAGCAGCAGUCGCUCUUAGAAUUGCCAAAGCUGCUGAAGUUGAGGGGUCAGCAGAGGCUGCAGCUGCAUAUUUUUUAGAUGGAGAGGCAUAGCCAUUAGCAUUUCUGAUGCUACUUUGGAGACAUAAUCAUUGAUUGCUGAUUGUUGAAGUUGAUCCACAGCCAGCCUUAUCAUGGCUGUUUUUGAAGCCUUUGGAGGACAACCUAUGGAGAGAAAACACAAUGCCAUAAUUUUAUAUAGAUUUUUUAUUGAUUGAUAUACAUUCUGUAUUAUUAUUGUAGCCUCAUACCAAAUAUUUUACGAGGAGAUUUAGUUUAUCCUUGAAAAAUACUUGGAAAAAAAAGAAGAAAAAGUAUAACUAAAAAAGGUUUUUUAGCUUCAGCUAGGUUGAGAUAAAUCUCUUCUGUACAUAUUUUUAGCUAGAGUGGUAGAUCAUUUUCCACGUGUAUAUAUCUUCAAUCUUAAGAGUGAUUAUGGUGUUAUGACGAAA